AUGACCGAGGACGACCUACUCAAACUUGUCGACGAGUUGCCUGAUCCUCCACCACCUGCUCCUUCCGAAAACCGACCAGUGGCACUGGCAUGUGGCACAGACGAUCCCAUCUACGUUAUACCCAUACUGGAAGUGUUGGUAACACGUUUGGAACGAACCUUCAGUGCGUUAUUCAAGCAGGUCUUCUUAGAACCAUCUGACCUUGGGCCGGGCGACUAUUUUGGUCGAGAGCUGGCUUGGGACGUAGCCAAGAACAUUGACAUCAUCACCCAUCCGGCCGAUUUUGCGAUAAUCUUGGCGAGUGAAACGAUCCCUUCCCAAUUCGACUACCUUUUCGUCGCGUUCUGCCAAUGGAGGAACGAGGUUGGUUUGGCUGCCGCCAUUGCGGACGCUGCUGCACGUCAGGAAGCUGUCAGGCGAAACCAAAACCUCAACAAAAUUCCCGAUUCGGUUGAGGGCGCUCAAUUGCGCAAGGCGAGGUCUGAGGUUGAGAAAGUGGUGAGCAAAGCGGCCGCUCAAGCGGCGCGCGACACAGAAAAAGAGGGAGCUGCUCGUGACAAAGCUCUUGCAACAGCUGAGGCGGAAGCCGUGCGCAAAAAAGCUAAAGACGACGCUGAUGCACUUAAGGAGGCCAAGAAAGAAGCACUGCUUGCACAACGCAAACAUAUGUACGACACGCAACAGGCUCAUCAGGGACAAAGGACCACAGGCAAGCGGGGCGCAGACGACCAACCGGAGGCCAGUCGUUCUAAAAACAAAGGCCCUAAGCAGCCGAUCAAUCCUCCAUUGCUGCCUCCUCAUUUACCCACGUCGACAACACAUCCUGUGCCCCCCAUCGAAAACGCGAUGAUCGACCCCCGCCUGUAUCACCUCGAUUCAAGUUAA